ACCUAACUUUCCACAAUUUCCAAACAAUUUAUCAGAGUUUUGUUGUGAGUAAUUUCCUUCAAGAUUUUCCUCAAUUUCCAACAAUAUGUCGUGCCGGGGAUGCACAAAAAAGUACGGAAUAUUCCUUAAGGAGUUGGGAUGUCCUAAAUGUAAAUUUGCUUAUUGCAAAAAUUGUUUAAAAUAUUCCAUUGAUGGUUCUCCUGAGAAAAAGAAGCUCAAAGUGUGCCUCUCGUGCUUUGGCAGCACCAAGAAGUCUUCGUCCGAAGCCUCAGAAGUUGAUCGCCCUGUUCCGGAUGCAUAUUUAAAGAGAAUUGAGAAGUUAAGCAACAUGAGUGACUCACCAAAACAUCCCCCAAUCGUUGCAUCAGCUUCCGGAAGUCUUGAUGGAGAUGAUGAGAUAAGGAAGCGCCUGGAUAAAUUACGAGAAGAUCGCCAGCCGAAAAAUGUUCCAACAGAGGAUGAGAUGAGAAGGCGAUUGGCUAAUCUGCGUGGGCAGGAAUACAAGGAAUAUUCCAAUGCUCAUGUCUUUGCUGUUGAUAAUCGUUCAGAUCAGGAGAAGAUGAAUGAUUUGCUGAAGCAAUACGCCGAAGAAUCCUCCAUCAGGGAAGCUCAUGAUCCAGCGAAGGAUGUUGAGAGACGUUUAGCUGCACUCAAGGAGAAUCCUUUGGCUCCUGCGGGGAAACCCGUUGUACCUGCUGCUGCUGGAGGAAGUCCUGCGGAUGAGAGUGAGGAUGAAGAGACAGCUGCGAAGAAAAUUACUCAGCGUUACUUGGCUGAAGUUGCUCUUGAGGGAGAAAUUCUCGAACCUGAAGAGAAGGAAUUCAUUAAGAGUCUCCCUCCUCCAUCCAAGGACACCGAAGAACUUCCGUGGUGCACUAUUUGCAACGAAGAUGCCACAAUCCGGUGCCUGGGAUGCGAUGGAGAUCUCUUCUGUCGUGAAUGCUUCAAGGAUAUUCACGAUGAUGAAGAGUACCGAGGACAUCAAACAAAGCCCUACGCCAGGAAGAAGACAGCCCAGGAUUCUGAUGACGACUGAGGAGUUCCUGAAGCAAAAAAAAAUGAAAAGGAGGAAAAAGAAAGAGCCGACGAGGAUGGGAUUCGAACCCACGCGUGCAUAGCACAUUGGAUUAGCAGUCCAACGCCUUAACCACUCGGCCACCUCGUCUGAAAAUAGCCUUGGUUAAAUUUCAACUUCAAUGCAGGGACUUCUGGGGGUAGCUCCCCACAUUCCCGGACUUCCUGGCAACAUUUUAAUGUUAUUUUCACACAAUUUGCAGUGAGAACUUUUCACAUUUCCAUGGAAAAUUAUUAAAAUAUUUGUGAAAAUUGAGAAAAA